AUGCCGCCCAGCAAUGACGACUUGCGCAGCUGGGCGGCGCUGGACGGCAAGCGGCUGAUGAACGUCCUAUCGUAUCGCGCCACGUUGGCAGAACUACUGGCCGUGGUGAAAGCACACAGAGAGAAUGGGGAGGAGAUGAGAGGGAGAGUGGGAGGCGGUGUGCGGGAGGAUAGAAGAGGGGAGGAGAGAUGGGGAGAGGGGAAAGAAGGAGGGGAGGGAAGGGAAGAGGAGAGUGUGGGGGAGGGUAAAGUGGGGGAGGGUGGAGGGGGAGAGGAUAGAGGGGAGGAGGGAAAUGUCUCUUCUAAGCGAGUGAAGGGCCAAAAGGAUGGGAAGGCAAGCACCGGUUUGUCCCCUGUACACAUCUGCACCGCAUUCCACCGCAUUGCCAAGCAUGCCAAGCGCAUGGGGGGCGGACGGCGUCUCGUGGACCGGCUCAAAGAGGACGAAACGGUCCGGUGGCUCGGGCGGCAGGUGGAGGCGCUGGCAAAGGGCGGCAGACUCAAGGGCCAGGCUUUGGCCAACGUGGCAUGGGCACAGGCAGAGCUGGGGCACGGCCCACCGUCCCUGCUAAACACUGUCAUGGCAGCAUCGCUCGCGCAGAUCAAAUCCUUCCAGCCGCUGGAAGUGGCCAUUCUGAUGCAUGCCCUAGGCUCCACCGCCGGCCUGCCAGCUGUCAACGCCAGCCUGGCGCGGGACCUGCUUGGGCGGCUGACGUGGGAGCACGUGAUUGGCUCGCUGCACUGCUACCAGCCACGCCAUGUUAAGGAGAUCCUGUGGGCACACGCGCGGGUGGGGCUGCACUCGCAUCUGCUCUUCCGCGAGGCGGCAAAGCUUGUCCUUUCUGACAUGCACAGCUACAGUGCUCCGCAGCUCGCCAUCAUCGCAUGGUCCUUCGCCAAGCUCCACCAUUCAGACGACUCUCUUUUCCGCGCUCUGGCUGCCUGGGCCGAGAGCAACGUGCCUGCGUUCGCGUCUCAAGACAUCUCCAACAUGCUCUGUGGCGUCCUUUCUCCCCCCUCUGGUGAGUGGCGUCCUUUCUCCCCCCUCUGUGGCGUCCUUUCUCCCCCCUCUGGUGAGUGGCGUCCUUUCUCCCCCCUCUGUGGCGUCCUUUCUCCCCCUCUGGUGAGUGGCGUCCUUUCUCCCCCCUCUGGUGAGUGGCGUCCUUUCUCCCCCCUCUGCAGGGCAUCGCAGGCAUCAGCUGCUAGAGACAGUGGGGGAGGAGAGCACGAGGGCCUAUGCCACAGCAGGGCAUCGCAGGCAUCAGCUGCUAGAGGCAGGGAGGAGAGCACGAGGGCAUACGCCACAGCAGCAGGCCGCCAAAACCAGCUGCUGCUAAAGGCUGUGGUUGAGGAGAGCACGCGGCAAAUCGUGAGUGCACCGCACCUUACCACACAACUUGUUCCUCCCUUUCCCCAUCCCGUCCUCCCAACCGGGGCGGCGUACGUCACAGCAGGCCACCGCAACCAGCAGCUGCUAGAGGGGGCAGUGGGGGAAGAGAGCACGCGACGAAUGGACCAUCACACCCCAUUUUCCUCCCCCAUCCCCUCUUUUUCCCUUGCCUUUGCCCCUCCUCCAAUCAGGGCGUACGCCACAGCAGGCCACCGCAGCCAGCAACUAUUAGAGGCAUUGGGGGAGGAGAGCACGCGGCGAAUUGUGGGCGGUACACUGGAGAGGGAGGCUGUAUCUGGGCAGGCUGUUGCCAACAUCGCAUGGGCAUUAGCAACGCAGAGUCACUACGACGUCCCCUUUUUCUCCGCCGCUGCCGCCCACGCCACCCGCUACAUACCAAGAUACGCCGGCCGCACCAUUGCCUGCCUGGCGUUUGCCUUUGCUCUGAUUGGCCACACCGCCCCUCCUCUCUUCCUGCGUGUUGAGUCUGAGAUCAUCCGUCGACUAUCACUGCGGUCAGGAGAACAGGAGUUUGGGCGCCAGGCACUGGUGAUGCUCGCAUGGGCUCUCGUGGUGCAUGGCCAAACCGACACACCCUCUGCUGCUCCUGCUCCGCCUGCCGCCGCUGCUCCUUCUGCUGCUGCUCCCAGCACCAGCAUCACCACCAUCAACUCCCCAUCCUCUCUCCCCUCCUCUCCCUCCUCCUCUGCCUCUCUCAGCCCAGCUCUCCCCAUCCUGCGGCACCACCUGCUCUCCCUCACCACCGACCUCACCUCCUCUGAGCUCUGCCAGCUGUAUCAGGUCGACCUGGCCACGCAGCUGGAAGCACCGGAGCACAGCACUCGCCUGGUGGAGGGCGGCAUGGGCGUCAAUCUAGCCACCCAGCUGGAAGCACCGGAGCACAGCACUCGCCUGGUGGCGGGCGGCAUGGGCGGCAUGGGGCAGGCUGGGAGGAGCACGAGUGGCAGUGGGAGCGGUCGACCUACCCACCCAGCUAGAGGCACCGGAGCACAACACUCGCCUGGUGGAGGGCGGCAUGGGCGCCAUGAGGGAUGGGAGGGAGGUGGUGUUCUUUCUGCUUCCCUCCUUCCUGCCUCACUCCCUCCCUCCCUCACUCCCGCUCUUCCGCAGGUCGACCUGGCCACCCAGCUGGAAGCACCGGAGCACAACACUCGCCUGGUGGAGGGCGGGAUGGGCGCCAUGAGGGAUGGGAGGGGGGUGGCGUGCUGGGAAGCAGCCCACGAGGCAGAGAAGCUCCAGGUUUCAGGGCUUCAGAGAGACAUCAGCUGCGCCCUGCACCAGAUGCACCUCCCCCACACCCUCGAGUACCGAGACGGCGACUACAGCAUCGACCUCGCCCUCCUCCUGCCUCUCGCCGCAACAGAAUCUACGGGGAGUGACUCUACGAGGAGUGAUCAUAGGAGAAGGGAACGCCGUGUUCUCAAGAUAGCAGUGGAGGCUGACGGGCCGUCACACUUCACUAUAAGCACGUGGUUCAGUUCAAUCGAAUCUCCUACCUCCCUCCACCGCUCCCCACCGCGGCAGAUACCUUUCUUUGAAUGGGAGUGCCUGUCGGACCUCCACCAGAAGCAGCAGAGUCUUGAGUCGACUCAAACGUCUCCUACCUCCCUCCACCACUCUCCACCGCAGAUACCUUUCUUUGAAUGGGAGUGCCUGUCGGACCUCCACCAAAAGCAGACGUAUCUCGCCGCCCGUCUCGGGCCCCUGGCCAUGCAGCUGGCACGUGAAGCAGAAGCAGCGGAUGCUGACGUGGCACAGGAAGAGGCUGGUAGGACUGGGGAAGGUAGAACGGAGGAGCGUAGAAUUGAGGAGGGUGGAAGUGGGGAGGGUAGAACUGGGGAGAAUGAGACUGGGCUGAGUGACAAACAGCAAGAGGAAGAGGAAUUGAAGGAGGGGCGAGUGGCAGAAGAGGCGGAGCAGGUUGGGGGAGGGGAAUUUAAACCUGGGGAUGGAGAAGGGAAGGAGGUAGACGAGAAAGUGGAGGAGGGGGGGGAGGGAGCAGAGAGGAGGAAGGGAGGGGAUGUCAUUCCUGAGAAGUCUCAAAAGGAAGGGGAGGAGGAAGAUGAGGAGAGGAGGAAGGGAGGGGAUGUGUUGAAGCGAGCCGAGGUUCUGGGUGCGUGGAAGGCGGGGCAGGGCAAGGGAGGGCUGGGGGCUGACAGGCUGGCACUUCUGAGAAAGUCUGCUGUGAGGAGAGGGCUAACACAGAAGUAG